UGACUCACUUCACCUGCAGCGUUGCCGGACAGGUAGAACAGGUGAGGAGGUGUCGGGUUUCACCGGCUGCUGCCCACAGAGUCCAGACAGAAAGACUCAAAAAGCAGCAUUUCCACCGUAAACACGCUGGAAUUCUAACAACUGAGCAGCAGAACGGGCGGAACCUCCUCAUGGCUCCUAAGUACGACGGGCUGUCCCACUGUAAGCUGGCGCUGGUGUUCGCGGUUCUGAUGGACCUGCUGGGCGUCACCUUCCUGCUGCUGGGCGUCUUCGCUCCACUGGAGAUCCGUGGCCGGGACUUCGGGGACCUGCUGGUCUACUCCGGAGCCCUGCUGGUUCUGUUCUCGCUGGCCGGCUGGGUCAUGUGGUACAGCGGCAACAUCGAAGGUCUGACCUCACGGAAGGAGCUGGGAGGCGCCGUGGGCGGCGCUGUGGACCGACUGGCCCGGUCCCUGAGCCGCAGGAUACGGAUCCCCCGGACCCACAGCAGCCCCACAUAGAACCAGAACCAACCUGAAAGACUCAGAACUGCUGGUACAUGAAGAACUGACCAGAACCACUGCUAUCCUGGAGGACCUCGAUGACAUCUUGACCGCUAUGGACAAUAAACAGUCCUGCAAAUCCACCUUCAUAGACCUGGACAAGGCUUUCGAUUCAGUAGACCGAGUCUCCAGCAUCGGCCUGUCCUCAAGCUGCAUACUGGUUUGCCAGCUACCUUAAUAAUUGUAUACAGCGAGUAAAGUCAGAGAAUUUUAUGUCAGAACCUCUAAGGGUGUACCUCAAGGCUCCAUCUUGGGCCCAACUUUGUUUCCCAUCUACAUAAAUGAUGUGGUCAAAGCUACUGGUGCCUCCCGGAUGCACCUCUAUGCUGAUGACACCAUUAUGUACUCCACUGGCCCAUCACCUCACUCUGCUGCAUGACCUGAAACCUGUCCAAAUAUUACCUGAAACUUGUCCAAAAAUGCAUUGAAACAGGUUCAGAAUGACCUGAAACCUGUCCAAAAAGGCCCAUCACUACUUCACUCGGCUGCAUCUACCCUUCAGCUCAGCCUUACUCCAAUCCAGGAGUCUUUUCAUGACCUUCGCUUGUGCCUCAAUUCCAAGAAAACAAAAUGUCUGCUAUUCAACCAGACAAACAGUGUCUCCAGCCCCCUAAAGAUCACCUGUGCAGAUCUGGAGUUCAUCAACUCCUAUAAGUACCUUGGCCUCUGGCUGGACUCUCUUUCACUCCUCACAUCAACAUUCUACAGGCUAAAAUCAAAUCCACACUUGGGUUUAUUUACCGUAACAAGGUCUCCUUUACAUACUCUCCCAAAAACACUCUUGUGUUUGAGCAGAGUAUGUAAAGUAUGUUCAACUACGGUGAUGUCAUCUAUAAAAUGGCCCCUUAGUGGCCCUUAACAGGCUGGAUGUCUUCCAUCACUCAGCCAUCCGUCUUGCUACUAUUGUGACCUUUAUAAACUGGUGGGUUGUUCUGGCUUCUACUCAUCUACCAGACCCUAUCAUUGAAGACACAUCAGUUCCUCUCCAACCUCCUACAGCCCUCCCAUAACAACGAACACCUGAGGUCCAGUGAUCUCAUAACACUGUCUAUCCCCAACAUUCACACUGUCUUUGGCCGGAAUUCCUUUUGCUUUGCUGCAGCAAUCAAUUGGAAUUCCCUCUAAAAAUGUUUGAAACUGUCAUCGCUUCCAUCACUUUACAUGUUUAAGCAGAAGCUGCAGCAGACUGCUGUACACGCUGCAUUCAUCAAGGCUGUUUUUCAUCUCUGCUUAAACACUUGUGGGUCCUUUUUUGUACAUGUACUGUUUAUUUUGUUAUCUUUCUUCCUGCUGGGGUCUCUUGCCAGGCCAUCAAUGUAAAUGAAAAAUUAUUCUCAACUGAUCCUACCCGGUAAAAUAAAGAAUUAAAUGAAUUAAACCAGGCA